AUGUGCAUGAAAGUUGAGUGCUCCACGUGUCACAAAGCUUCAUGGAAGGGAUGUGGCUUGCAUAUCGAUACCGCUCUCAACGGUGUCAAGGAACAAGACCGCUGCCCACAUUGGAAAACUGGCAAGCACUAA